AAUUUGCAAUUAAUUGAAUGCGUUCACGAAACGUUGGCUUUCAAGUUGAAAUGAAAAUUGUGUGGAACUCAUUUUUCCCCAUUUUGUGAAAUUCAAUUCCAAGGGUUUCCAUUUUCCAUUUCAAUGUCUUCCCAUUCGCACAAAGGCACCUCCUUCUACGGCGAUGCCGCCCCUUAUCGAUCCAGGUUUGUUUGUUUUUUACUCUCUCUUUCCCUUUCUCUUGUUCAAUUCAAUUUCUUGCGUGAAUUGCAGAGAGGGGCUUAGCACUCGACCCGUUGCAUCCUCCGAUGAAAUCCAAUUGCACAUCGAUCCCGGCAUCGACUUCGACGACGAAAUCACCGGUCUUCGUGGCCAAGUUAAAAAAUUGAAAAAUGUUGCUGAAGAGAUAGGUUCAGAAGUCAAGUUUCAAAGAGAUUUUCUGGAACAAGUGCAAAUGGUAAUGAUACAAGCUCAAGCUGGGGUCAAGAAUAACUUAAGAAGAUUGAACAAGAGCAUCGUCAAAAAUGGUUCCAACAAUAUUGUUCAUGUGAUUGCUUUUGCAUUAGUCUGUUUCUUUAUAGUAUACUUCUGGUCAAAGAUGUCCAGAAAAUGAUGGCUCGUAGUUGAAAGAUUUUAUUCAAAGCUUUUUUCGGUUGACUCAUUAUGAUGCCUAAUCUUGUACAGAAAAGCUACACUUACUGUUGCAGUUUACAGUUAAAAAUUCUUCGACUUCAAAGUUAUGUGUCUUGGUCGAAGCAGUAGUUUUGUGUAAUAGACAGGAUAAUUGCUUGUUUAAUAGAUUGCAAAAGCCUCUUUUCUCUUAAAAAUAUCAUGUGAACGUCUGUAGUAGUUAAUAAAAUCCUUGAACUUUAUUCAGUAAAUGGCACCAUAGAUUAUCAUC